AUGACUUCGUCUGAGUUCGGGCCGGAGCUGGGCGAUAUUGUGGAGGAGUACGUGCUACCGCAGGUUGAUGGGACUGUAGCGAGACGGAAAGUGAAGAGGAUGGAGAAGUCGAGGAAGAAAAAGAAGAAGAGAAGGAGGAGGAGGGACGAAGAGAAGGAGAGUACUGCUGAGGAGGAUGAUAACGAAAAUGUUAGCCAGGAAAGGAAUAUGGAUGGGGAUAGAGAUGUGAGUGAGGUUGAGGUUGAUGUUCAAGCUCGACAAGAUAGAGAGGAGGAGCGUCCGCUAUCUCGAGAUUCAGGCGUGUUCAUUGUGCAUGGAAAUCGCGGUGUUAAGUCACCGGGGCCCGAACCAGAGAUCGAACUGCAGCAGCAGCGGCUGGAGACUUUGCAGGGAGAACAGAGAGCAGAGUUGGAAGUUAGAAGGGAUGAUGGUGUUGUUUGCCGCAUUCAUUACCGCCCCGAAUGCCAGUUUCACCGCGCGUGCUGCGUCCACAAACCUGUCGUUUCAGGCUGCGGCUGCCCCCCUCGGUGGUCGUGCUGCUGCAUCCACCACGCAGGCGAUUGCUGCCAUUGCCAGACCAAACCAGUCGAGAAGAGUGUUAGCGUCGACGCCGACGCCGACGCCGAAGAGGAGUCGAAAACGCUCUCACUCGGGUCUUCCCCUGCCACCCCUCCACCUGAACGCGGGGGUGGAGGCGAAGGCGAAGGUGAAGGUAAAUGUGAACCUAACACAACCACCAUCGCUGCCUCAGCAGCCACUCCUGAAAAGCCCUCGGGCGUUGAGGUUAGAGUGACACCCCCUUCCCCAACUGCCUCGCAAACCAUCGAGCCCGUUCGCAAGAUGGGGGGCGCCGAAGACACCAAGACGUUGGCCCAACAAGCCGCCUUCGAACUGUCCAAUGCCCUGAUCCAGAUGAUGGAGUGCAGCCAUAUGAGCGACAUCACCCUUACCCUACAGUCAGCAAACGAGCAGUUCUGGCCGAUCGUGAUGACCGCUCAUAAAUGUGUUCUGGCGCGCAGUCCCCUCGUCACCAACAUCCUGAAGAACGACCACGCUUGUUCCGAUAUCAAGGCUUUUGCGGGUAGACACUUUACAAUGAUCAAGGCAUGGGAACAGGCUGUGCAUUACCUCUACGGCAGGAAUAUGCUGACAAUGACGACUCUCAAACCUGCUACUCUCGAGGCGCUGGGCUACGACCCGUACCCCGGGUACGAGCCUGAAUAUCCGUUCUCGCUCAAGUUGGCCAUGGCCGAUAUGGCGCUGGGCUAUGCCGUGUCUGGGGCCUUCUUCUACAUGACCGACCUCGCGGACAGAGGGUUCAGGCUCGCCCUUGACCUCCUCAGCUGGGAGACUCUCGAGCAAAUUCUCUAUUUUGGACUCCGUACCGGCGACUUCUGUGUCGUGUUUCCCAAUCCGCCUUGGCUUCAAGGGUCCGAUACUUCUCUCAAGUGUGAUAGGCUCGCUCAGGGCGAGGGCGAGGCUGGCGAAGCCUCAGACAAGACCAGACCUAAGCCUAAUAACACUGCCAGUCAGGGCGCCGAGAACGCAGCUGCUGCAAGCCAGAACCCAGCAAGAGAAGCUCAACCACCAUACCCGAUCCCCCUCAUAAAAAAUGACUGGUCGCGGCGCAUCAUCACCGCGUCAUUGGCCUUUGUCGUCGAAAACAUCAAACCAGAUUUCAAGCUCGACUGCUCCGCGCAGUCGAAGAUCGUCCCCGAUCGUAUCCCGGCCUUUCUCAAAACUGUCCCCGUUACAACCGCCGCAGAUAGACGUAACACUCCAGUCAAGGUCCAUGGAGAUUUCCCGUACGUCCCCGUAACCACAGUCCCUGCAACGUCUUCUGCCACAGUCGCCAACAACCCGCGCCUUGCAGAUGUGCAGUUCGGCUCACUUCCUAGCCAGAACCAGACCGCCAUUGAGGAGAUCCAUAAGAGUGAGAGGGAGAAGUGUGCAGCAAGACACACUCCCCAUACACCCACUCCCCGGAGCAAAAAGUCUCCUCCCGCUUCUAGUGCCGAUGUCCCUGGCAAAGAGAUCACCAUUCCCUCCGCCAUCCUCCUCGCUCUCGACUAUCCUGAACUCCAGUUCGUCUUUUCGAUGCUGUCGAGACGCGGUGUCAUGACAUCGACCCUUGCCCAGGCGAUUGUUCUCGAGCGGGAGACCCGAAGGCGCCAGGCGUUGCGGAACUACGCCGCUCUCCUUCUUUCAUCCAACUCGAAGGGGAAGCAUGACACUGUUACGGUUCUGGCUCGUCCUGCUGGCACCGAGGGCGUAGGUGUCGGUGCGGUGACUCUAAGCACCGAGGCUCCUACUACCGGCGGGUCGAGUCCGAAGAAGGGCAGACCCAAAGGUAAAGCGAGGAAGGCGGCCAAAGAGGCGAAAGAAGCUGCUAAGGAUGCCUCAAAGGAGUUCGAAACGGCGACCGCGACGGUGGUGCAUCUGCCUGAUGAUGUGAGGGAGCUGUGCUAUCGCGAAUUUUUUAUUAGCAAGUUGGUUGGUGGCAGUGGAAGAUGGGAUGAUGAUGAGAGCGGCCAAGUCGAGAUUGAGAUUGUGCUUGAGCGAUAUGACACCACGCGAAAAUGCAUCUGGAGAAGAUAG